AUGGAAAUGACAGCAACAAUGGUGUCGGUUGGAUUUACAGCAUGUUUAUCAAAUUACUGGUUUGUUUGGUCUAUCAAUGGUAUUGGCACUAUCUUUUUCAUGGCGAUCAAUAUGGCCGUGUCAUUCUUUUUUCUAAAAUAUUUUUCAUCAGUUAGUACGCCAUCCGUGCCUCGACCAGGAUCUGGUUUUGGGGAUAUUCAAUCGAUACAACCGAAUUCAACGGCUCCAGUUGGAGUUCAAUCUGAUCUUUGUCCCCUAUUAUAUGUAACAAAAAGUAUUCGUGAUCAUUUAAACAUAGUAGCCCCUGAUGAUUUUUUAUUUUAUUCAGUUGUCGAACAAAGUGAAAGAAUUAUGAGUGUUGAAAAUUUUACAAAAUUAUCCAGCAGAGGAGAAGUGACAAUUAGUGAAGUGAAACAAAUCGAUGCCAUUGCUGAUCAAACCGAAAAAGAACUUGUCGAAGCAAUAGGACAAACAUCUUAUCGACAAGAACAACUAAAUUUACUUUUGAAUCAAAGUGAAACCUUAUUGCAUAAAAAUGCUAAUCUCGGUUUAGGCUUGGUUGGUUACCGAAAAGAAGUGCAAGCAUCAAUCAAGUGGAAAUAUAUUGGAAUUGCCUUGUGUGUUUGUACAAUCUUUACAUUAAGUAUUGUGAUCAGUAUGAGCUCGCAGAGAAAAGAAGCACAAAAUGUUAUUGUGCAACAACAACCACCACCACCUCUACGAACAGAAGCCAACAAUAACGAUGAUAGUACACAUUUACGGGAAAAUAGUCAUAAACGUUCAGCCGACAAUCUAUUCUCUGAGAGCUGA